GUUCAUUCUUAUUCUGCCCAUUUUUUGAACACUGGUAUUAUUCUAGGGUUCCAUUUUUGGCUUGCUGUUUUAUAUCAUUCUAUAUAAUUUCCCUUCAGUAGGUUUAUCCACUUUCCUAGUUUUUAACUACUGCCUGCUACCUGUAAUCUGAUGAGCCAAUUGUAUACAUUCCCCCUGAGCUGUAGACUAAUGUAUCCAAAUAUCUGCUGUAUAUCCAGCUUCUGGCAUCCCCACAUGUCCUUCAGGCUUGAGAUGGAUAAAACAGUGGAAAAAUUUUAAUAUAAAAUGGAACCAAAGGAUAUGAAGUGGAGAACCUCAUACAUGUGCCCUCAGAAAAAUGAAACUUAAAGACUGAGACUGAUUUCUCAUAAAUGCUUGAUUUAUAGAGGAUUGAACUUUAUCUUCUGACUGACGAGCAUCCACCAAGAAUCUCUCUCAUCUUCACACUUGCCGCUUGGCUCCUAGCUGGACUUUCUCCUUUUGUGCUCCUUGCCCAUAAAAGCAAACCAAGCUGAACCUUCAGCAGACUCUCCUAUAGCUUGCUGCAGUUGGCCUAUCCCAAGCUGCAAUUCAUCAACUAUUGCUCAAUAAACUUGAUUUUUGGUAACUCGAGGUUGUCUUAGUUUAUCUCUUUUCUCUUAGAUAGACAUUACAUGGUAUCGAAAGUGGGAUCUGAAGGAGGUGACCACCAAGGAAUACCAACGUCCAGAAAUAAAUUUUUACUACGCUUGGAUGCUACUCCUGACAUGGAGAAGAUCGAGGAACAAUUUGCUAAUCUGAGCAUUGUUAAACGUUCCUCGGAAACUAAAGAGCCUACUUAUUUGCUUGGUAUAGACACAUCAAAAGCUGUACAAGCAGAAAAAGAAAACUUGGUUGCUGUUUUAUGUUCUAAUGGAUCAAUCAGAAUAUAUGAUAAAGAAAGGUUAUAUGUACUACGAGAAUUUAGUGGAUAUCCUGGACUUCUGAGUGGAGUCCGAUUUGCAAGUUCUCAUGACAGUGUAUAUUCAUCAUGUAGCGAUGGCACCGUAAAGUGUUGGGAUGCUCGAUUAGCCAGUGAAAAACCUGUCCAGCUGUUCAAAGGUUACCCUUCCAAUAUUUUUAUUAGUUUUGAUAUCAACUGCAAUGAUCAUGUUAUUUGUGCUGGUACAGAAAAAGUUGACGAUGAUGCCUUGUUGGUAUUUUGGGACGCAAGACUUAGUUCUCAGGAUUUGUCUACUACUAAAGACCCACUUGGAGCAUAUUCAGAGACUCAUAGUGAUGAUGUCACUCAAGUGUGCUUCCAUCCCAACAAUCCCAACAUGUUAGUCUCAGGUUCAACUGAUGGCCUGGUAAAUGUAUUCGAUAUUAGUGUGGAUAAUGAAGAAGAUGCACUGAUUACAACCUGUAACUCCAUUUCAUCAGUAAGCUGUAUUGGUUGGUCUGGAAAGGAUUAUAAACAGAUUUACUGCAUGACACACGAUGAAGGAUUUUGUUGGUGGGAUCUUAAUCAUCUGAAUACUGAUGAACCAAUUACAUGUUUGAACAUCCAAGAUGUCAGAGAAGUGGUUAAUCUGAAAGAAGGUAUUUUGGACUAUUUAAUUGGUGGCCUAUAUCAUGAAAAAAUGGACAAAUUGUUUGUUGUUGGAGGAACAAACACAGGAAUUAUUCACUUAAUGAGCUGCACUACAUCAGGGUUGAGCCAUGUGACCACCCUUCACGGAGGGCAUGCUGCUACAGUCCGUUCUUUCUCUUGGAAUAUGCAGGAUGAUUCUUUGCUAACCGGAGGAGAAGAUGCACAGUUGUUACUUUGGAAACCCGGACCAAUAGAGAAGACAUUUACAAAGAAAGACAGCAUGAAAAUAGCAUCCUCUGUGUCCCAGCGAGUACGAGUUCACAGUAAUGAUUCUUACAAGAGAAGGAAGAAGCAGUGAUGUUAUGUUGGGAGUUUACUUGAGAGGUUUUAUAGUUGCAAGUAGUUAUUUUUGUGUACUACCUGUGAUAGCUAUGUUUAAAGCUCAUAUAUAAAAACAAGCCAGUUAGCAAACAGUCCUGGAGAAAUGUUGAAAAUGGUUUAAUUCAGGUCUUACAUGUAUUCUAAAAUUAUUUUUUUUAAAGCUGCCAGUUGAGUAUAUAAUCAGUGAGUUGAAAGUAAAAUUACAUUCCUCAUUUUUAAAACCCAUCUGUUGAGUUAGUAAAUGUUGGGUUUAAAGAAAUAGCUUUGAUAAGGACUUUUUAGAAGUAGAUGGCUGGUGUGACUUUAAAAAAUCAGGUGGUUUGAGAUACGUUUUUUAAGUUUAGUUUUUUUACAUUUUAAAUCAUCUUCAUUAUUUAUAAAACCAAAUCAGACUUUUCUGUAGGAGCUCCCACUUGCUUAAUACACAUAAAUUAAGUUGCAGUAUUUAAAUAUAAAUAUUCUAAUGAUUCUAAGUAGAACUAAGGAUUUU